AUGACGGAGACCACAGACCCGCUGCCGCCUUCGCCUACCGCGACCGACGCCACUCCGGACCAGGUGCCGGCCAGCGCUGAGCCCGCCAAGCCGCCCACGGGCGACCAGAGGGCCAAGCUCGUCAUCCUGUCGGUGAACGACGUGUACGACAUGACCCCGAACGAGCACGGCCACGGCGGCAUGGCAGAGUUCGCCACGCUGCUGGAGCGACAGAAGGCGGCUCUGCCCGAGGACGUCACGCUGCUCGUGACGCUGAACGGAGACUUCCUCUCGGGCUCGGAGAUGGGCGAGCACUUCAAAGGUGCACAUAUGAUCGAGCUUAUGAACCACUUGGGUAUUGAAUACGUGGUGCUGGGCAACCACGAGUUUGAUUUUGGCGCGGACGAGCUCAAGGCACGCAUGCGCGACUCGACGGCCAAGUGGUUUGGGUCCAAUGUGCUAAACGCUGCAACGGGUGCGCUCUUUGAUGGCGUGGUGGAUACGGAGCUGAUCACGCUGAAGGACGGAUUGAAGCUGGGCGUUUUUGGCGUGUGCACGGAGGAGACGCCGACGCUGUCGUUCCCUGGAUCCACGGUCAAGUUCGACGACGUGUUCUCAACUUCGCGAAGAUGCGUGGAUGAGCUUAGAGCGCAAGGAGCGGACUUUAUCGUGGCUCUCACGCAUUUAUCGAUUUCACAGGACAAAAAGCUCGCGCGGAGCGUCCCUGGCAUCGACGUGAUGCUCGGCGGCCACGACCACGAACCGUUCACGAUGUACGAGGGCAAGACGUUCAUUCACAAGUCCGGACAGAACGCCUUCUGGCUGGCGAAGCUUGAGUUUGAAUUGUAUCGGUCAGCAGAUCACCCUGAACGCGGACUUUCAGUCUUGCCGCAGUGGAGUAUGAUCGCGAACGCGCGCAUGCCGCCGCAGCCGGCGUGUCAGCAGAUCAUCUACAAAUACAUGCGCGAAAUGGAGAGUGCGAAUGACCCCGAGCAGAAUGAGCGCGUCCUCGCUACGCUGGCGACCACCUUAUCCACUCGGACUGCUCUUCUACGAGCAGGGGAGAGCAACGCAGGCAAUUUGGUGGCCGACGCACUGCGCAGCGAGUUGGCUGCUGACAUCGGCUUCAUCAACGGCGGAUUCAUUCGAGGAGAUAAGGAGUACCUGGCCAAGUCGAACGUGACUGUGGGCAUCCUCAAGCACGAGAUGCCGUUCCCGCGGCCUGCUGUGCUGGUCCGGAUUAAGGGUAGCGACCUGCGCGACGCAUUCAUCCAGCAUCUGUACAAGUACCCGCAGCAGAGCGGCUCACACCCGCACGUGUCUGGGCUAAAGCUGACCAUCGACAUGCAGUCCAACCCGCCUGCAGUCACCAAAAUGCUGAACGACAAUGGCGAGCCGGUGGACUUGGACGCGGAGCUCCUUGUGGCCACGUCCAAGUUCGUUGCUGGCGGAGGUGACGGCUGCUCAUCGUGGCUCAAGGGCGAGGUCCUGCGCGAGGCCGCCAAGAUCCCCGAGGUCGUGGCCGAUUUCAUGAUGAAGAAGCGGCUACUGGCGUAUCCCGAGCACGAAGGGCGGAUUACGAUCCUCGAGUGA